CGUGUCAGCUCACGCCUCACAGCUGUUACUUUAUUACUUGUUUUCUACGGUCUACGCAACUCAGCGAAAUAAUUUUACUGAAUCACCUAAUUUAAUUACAUACCUACGCAAAACCUGAGGGUUAAGUAAUACUAGACUAAUUUUGUCUAUUAACGAAUUGAUUAAAGAUGCCUGCGGAUCAAAUACAAUAUUCAGAAAGGUAUAGCGAUGACGUCUAUGAAUAUAGACAUGUCAUCUUACCACAAGAUAUUGCUCGUCUGGUUCCUAAAUCUCAUUUGAUGACAGAGACUGAAUGGAGAAACCUUGGUGUACAGCAAAGUCCUGGUUGGCUUCAUUUCAUGGUACACAGUCCAGAACCACACGUUUUAUUGUUUAGACGACCAAGAACUGAUGUUCCUACCCCAGUGAACAAUUUAGAAUCUAGUUCAAACUCAACUGUUAAGGUGUGAUAAGAUAUCGCCUUUAGUUAAUUAUGCCACAAUACAAUUAUAAAAAAUUCUUGUAUGAUUAUUCUCAGGGAUAUCAUUAUGAUUUAUGUUAUAUCAGUCUAGCUUAAUAGACAGGAAAGGGCAUUGUUUAUAAACCUCAAAGUGCAAACAAUAUUAAUAAUAACAAUAAUUAAAUUACUUAUUAUUAUAGCAGAGCUUUAUUUUAAAAUAUGGCUUUAAUUUUCUGUUUAGAUUGGUUGUAAUAAAAUAUAAUCAUCAUCAAAAAUAUCGCAGUAAAAAAUCUUUUAAGUUAAGCCAAAUAUUUAUAAAAAUGUAAAACUUUAUUACUCUCACUAAAAAUUAGCUAAUAGCUGUUAUAUAUUACUUAAUGUGAAAAAAUAAUUGUAGCUAACAAAAUUAAUAGAAAACAUAUUUAUAUAUCUCAUGUUGCUUGUUUGAUAAUGUUAUAAGAUAUGUAACAAGAAAUUGUAAAGUUAUUAUAACCUGUUACAAAAGAAGUUCCUGGGGGCUGUGUUAAUUGCGUAAAGUAUUAUCACCAUCAUAAAUGGAACAUCGUUUUGUUGGAUAAAAUGAGCUGGUAACACAUGACUGAUAAAGUGCUGUAAACAUAGUAGUUCUAAUAAAAUUAUUUAUUAAA